CCUGAUGUUCAAAAUCUCCUCCACAGACGCAAUGCUGUGGAUGCGUUCCGCGUGAACGUGAUCCAUGCCCGUCAGCAGGUGCGCUCCCCCGUCACAAACAUCGCCCGCACCAGCUUCUUCCACAUCAAACGCUCCAACAUCUGGCUGGCUGCUGUCACCAAGCAGAAUGUCAACGCCGCUAUGGUGUUCGAGUUCCUCUACAAGAUGUGUGACGUCAUGAGCGCCUACUUUGGGAAGAUCAGCGAGGAGAAUAUCAAGAACAACUUUGUGCUGAUCUACGAGCUGCUGGAUGAGAUCCUGGACUUUGGAUACCCGCAGAACUCGGAGACCGGAGCACUGAAGACUUUUAUUACCCAGCAGGGCAUCAAAGGCCAGCAUCAGACUAAGGAGGAGCAGUCUCAGAUCACCAGCCAGGUGACCGGGCAAAUCGGUUGGCGUCGUGAAGGCAUCAAGUACCGCCGUAACGAGCUCUUCCUGGAUGUGCUGGAGAGCGUCAACCUGCUCAUGUCUCCACAGGGUCAGGUCCUGAGCGCUCACGUCUCCGGUCGUGUGGUGAUGAAGAGCUAUCUGAGUGGAAUGCCUGAAUGCAAGUUUGGCAUGAAUGACAAAAUCGUCAUUGACAAACAGGGGAAAGGAGGAACUACUGACGAUCCUGUGAAAAGUGAGUUAGGGGGAAGUGGGAAACAGUCCAUAGCCAUCGACGACUGCACUUUCCAUCAGUGUGUGCGUCUCAGCAAGUUCGACUCGGAGCGCAGCAUCAGUUUCAUCCCUCCUGAUGGGGAGUAUGAGCUCAUGAGGUAUCGCACCACUAAGGACAUAAUUCUGCCCUUCCGGGUCAUUCCACUGGUUCGAGAGGUCGGCCGCACAAAGCUGGAGGUCAAAGUUGUCAUCAAAUCUAAUUUCAAGCCCUCGCUCCUGGCACAGAAAAUAGAGGUGCGUAUUCCUACACCUCUGAACACUAGCGGAGUGCAGGUGAUCUGUAUGAAAGGAAAAGCCAAAUACAAGGCCAGUGAGAAUGCCAUCGUGUGGAAGAUCAAACGCAUGGCAGGAAUGAAGGAGUCUCAGAUCAGUGCUGAGAUUGAGCUGCUGCCCACUAAUGAUAAGAAGAAGUGGGCCCGUCCACCCAUUUCCAUGAACUUUGAGGUUCCGUUUGCUCCCUCGGGGCUGAAGGUGCGUUACCUGAAGGUAUUCGAGUCGAAACUCAACUACAGUGACCACGAUGUGAUUAAAUGGGUGCGAUACAUCGGACGCAGCGGAAUCUACGAGACGCGCUGCUAAUGAGCCGCUGAGCUCCUUCCUUCUCCUCAAGAUUUGUGGAUGAAUUAAAAAGGCUAAUUACAAAAAAUAUGCAAAAUGUGACAUGUAGUUAACUGUAUUUGUUUGUACGAGUGCUGUAAUGAACCGUUCCAGUGGAGGGCAGUGCAGUGUGUGUCUGUCAGUCAGUCAAAGCCCAGCUUCCUGUUUCGCUGUAGUCAGUCUUACGGGACCACUGUCCAUUUUGUCGUUGGUUAUCGCCCAUUGGUCAUACUCUCAGUAUCUUAUUGCUAUCUCUCCGUGACCGUUUAGUUCAAUAUAAAUAUAUAAUG